CCCUUUUAAGAAAAAGAUGUAAUCAUUAAAAUUGUACUUAAUAGGGGGCAAGAUCACAAAAUCGACGCCUAAUAAAAAUCUAAAUUCAAGUAAGAUUACACAAGAUUUUGGGGAACAAUAUCUUAAAUGAACAUUUAAAGACUCCAUUGCCUUUCAUUUGAGAAUAUACAGAAGCAAAAGUAUAUACAGUGUUAUACAAAGAGUGUUAAUAGUACUUGAUGAUCAAUUUUGAUCAACACUCAUCAUAUUCAAUCUUUAGGGUAUGCGUAUAUUUUUGCCCAACAUUGCCCUUUUGAUUUUGCCCUCAUGAAUGUUCAAGAGAAGACAAGCAAACUCUCUAAGCUCAGGCUCACUGUUUUUGAUAGUACAUCUUCAAACCAUUACAACACACCUUAAAUCUCAAUGUGUGCAGGUUUUUUUAAUGCAUAAUAGCGAGCGCAUUAAAGAAAUGUAAACAGUCACAUCACAACUACCAGGCUACGUCACAACAUGCUCGUUGCAUUUCCCGCUAAACUGGUUUCUACAUUGGCGAGAAGAGCAAGACAGUAAUCCUACGUAUUGACAGUGAACCAGAUUAGUUUUCCUUGUUUUCAAUAUAAAUUUUUUGAAAAUGUAUUCAGAUAUGCUGCGUUCGCCCCAACGGUCACACCGUAAUCAUAUUAAUCUAAGGUCAAAGAGAUGUUACUUAGUGGAAUAUAAUCACAUGGGCAACCAAAAGGAAUUUAUUUUGCAACAAAAUCCCAUAAAAUUUGUAAAACUCUGGUUCUGAAUAACUCAAGGAUGAUAAAUAUAUUUUAAAAAAUCAUAUAAAUACCAUAUUAUACAAAAUAAACCUAUAGUUCUUUAUCAUUUAUCCAUUGCAGUAUAUUACAUUGCUUGAACAAAAUUAUUUCCAACACCAGAAAAGAAGAUUUUGCACGUCCUUUCAACACUUCUGAGUAAAUUCUCAUCAACAAGAGUUUCAUAUUUUGCCAUGAAUACUGUUGUUUUCUUUGAUAUUGACACCAUUAUCUACAGUUUACGAUUUCGAAAUUUUAUGGGCAAGGCUAAGAACUGAAGUGGAGGUGGAUCUCCUUCUUCAAAUCAGUAAUAAAAAGUAUUGACUGCCUUUGCAAGUUUUUAACAUCAACCUGUAACAAAACAUAAUAUCUUUCAGUAGUUUAUGAAAUUUAACAAUGUAGAGAAGAACGAAAGCUAAAAUACUUCUAUUAGAGGUUGCACAGGAUUGCAACUAGGAUCUACUUCGUCCAUGUUUGCUAGAGAAAUUUACAAACCAAACACGUUCAUAUCCGACAUAAUAUCGUGUAUAUAUUUUUUUAGUUAUGCUAUUUUUCAGGUGUGUAUUUAAUUUCGAAAGUCAAUAUACAAAAACAUGUAGAACAGAGUUCAUAUUCAUAUUCCCCAUCGAAAAAAUUUAUCUAUAUUUCGGAAAUAUUUACUCCAUUAUAUCUAAGUUUAACAUGUAUAGUAUGACGUCAUUUCCUACAACAGGUUGGAGGAUAUUAUUCAUAAUUUGUGUAUAAGACGAAUUUUAUUUCAUGUGUUUAAACGUUUGUAAAAGUCUGUUUGGUAUUUUUCAUCUGCAGAAGUGUUGUUUAGCAUCUAUCAUAUGAUUCUUUCUGGUGACAGUACAAUAUUGAAAACAAAGUAGGCCUAGUUGAAAACGAUGGUUUUUUUGUUCACAUUUCAUGAUCCAUUACGUCACACAUUGCUUUAAAUAUGGAUUUCGUUCUUGAAGUUUGAUAUCCAGUUAUAUUACGUUUGUGUUUCCGUUGUGAAAAUGUAUUCUGUGUUGGUGGAAAUGUACAAUGUCUUUUUAAUGUUCCGUGGGUACAAACUAGGAAGUCUUUUGAUGAUCUGCAUAUAUGAUGAUGCCAUGGCUAUAACUUGAUGAUUUGUAAAAAAUAUUUAUUUACCACUUUCUCGCUCUAGGAGUUUUUAUCAUUUGACAUGGCGUAAUUGUCUGAAAUUACAAAGCUGCAUUAAACAAAUAAUUCUAAAAAGUACAUGUUGAAAGUUUGAAACAAGAUAAUGACACACUGCACAUCAAUGCUGUUAAGAUGAGUGAGCCCUGUAGUUUCAUGAUGAUUUCUCUUCUUUAUUUUUCACCUUACAAUCUUCAAUAUGUAACAAUAGAAAGAUGCCUAUAGAUUUCGAGGUUGGAGGGUCAAAAUUCAGAAACAUGAUAAAAUUUUUCAUGAUAUCAAACAUAUAAAGCUAUGAGAUUUAAUGGUUUAUAGUAGGUGUCAAUGGUCAAGGUCAAUGCUGUGGGCAAUUCAUGGCUAAAUCAGUUCUUUAAUGUAUACAGGAAAUAUUCUGAAAGUGAUGAUUAUGUACCAAUUAUUUUUGAUGAAGCAGCGUUUUUCUUUCACCAUAUGGGAAUGGUACCAAUCUCAUUCAAUUGGGAAAAAUAGCAUCAAAAUAGAAUUCAUUGGGAAUUUUUAUUCAUGUCAACAAGUGGCAUUUUAAAAAUGAACACUGAAUAAACCACAUUUUCAUGAAUAAACAAGUAUUCAUUGUUGACAAUUUUACAAACGUGAGAAAUUUUAUUGACCUACUUUCUAUUUAAGAGGAAGUGAAGAUAUUGGUUAAAUCGUACAACUUUUCAUACAUAGCAAAUUACGAGCAGCAAAUUACGAAAACUUGGCAGUUUGAUACUUUGCAUUUUUUUGCCUCAUGAUGGGUGAAAUAUCAAUAGUAUUUGGCAUUGAGAAUGGUACUGUUUAUCGGACCCAGUCAAAUAAAGGGGGGGGGGGGGAUGCUCUAAAGUAUUAUACAAUGAUGAUCUUGCAUUAAAAAAGAUGCCAGCAGUUCUUUAAUUGGAAAACAACUUCAAACAUCUCUCUCAUUCAUGACUAUCUCAAUAGUUUGCAGAUUGUUCAGACUGAAGAAAAUGAUUAUUUUGGGCAUUUUGAGACUUUUCACAAAAAAUGAUGUACUUUCAAUGCCUGUUCUUCAUACAGUCAUUGCAUGUGGGUUAUGGAGCCUUAGUCUAUUUGCACAUGUCAUCCUGUACUUCUUUUGCUUUAGUCUCUAAACCAUAAUUUCUGUUGUCCCAUCUGUCCUGGAUCAAGUGGAUUGUAGCAUUGUGUACCUUUGUUGUGUAUGUUUCAACAUUUGUAAAUGCUGGGAUUCUUUGGUUAGAUGUAACCUAUAUCAGAAUCUGUGUGAAUUGAAUCUUGGUAGUAUAGGUAUUAGGCAAAUGCCAAUGGAAAUACUUGGUGAAGCUGUUGUUGGAAGAAGUGCUGGAAAGUUAAGAUCAUUCUAGGGGGGUGUGGGAAGAUUGGUAGAAGAGAGACUAACAUAUGGCAGUCCACCAGAUCUUUUCUGUGGGAUUCUUCAUGUGCUCUUGUUACUGAUCUCAAAUUUAUUCAGGAAGACAGGCAAAACAAAUACAGAGAAAAUGUCUGCAUUCGGGAACGACUGCCACUUUUACUAUAACGGAAAUUGUCUCAAGGGAAAUUCAUGUCCAUUCAGACAUUGUGAAGCAGCCAAGGCCAAUGAUUUAACCUGUACAUAUUGGAAACAAAAAACAUGUACAAAGCCUAAUUGUCCGUUCAAACACUCCGAGGGAGUUUUACAGUUAAAUCAAAACAAAAACAGAGCAGAGAUACCUUGCUAUUGGGAAACGCAGCCCACUGGAUGUACCAAAGCUGUCUGUCCAUUCAAACACAUAAAUCCAAAGUCAGAGAUAAAUACACCUGUUGAAGCCGAGACCACGGAAACUGAUUCUUCCUCUGAUGUGAAGGUGGUUGAAGUACAUGUACAGCCAGUAGUCGUGAAUCUAGGAGAGGAUUCAGAUGUUGAAAUGACAUCUCCUGUGAAAACAAUCAACAAACACAGGGCAGCUGUACUAAAUAAACCAGCAAAACAACCGACCACAAAUCUCAGCUCAGAAACACGGCAGCUGGUGUCUCAACAUGUCCCGAAACAAGCUGUCAAAUUAGUUGUAAACAAGCCAAAUAUUAAGAGUAGGUUAACCAAUCAGAUGCCAGAACCAGAGAACAGGAAGUCGGUGAAGGACAGGCUGAAAAUAGGAGUUUCUGACACAAGUCAACGGAAUUCUUUGAAAGCAAGGUUAGGUAUAAACAAACCUGGCAUCAAAAAUCGUCUUGGCAUCACUCAACAGCAGGCUGACCCUGGGGAAUCUACUCGCAAUGAUUCGGGUGAAGACAGUGAUUUGGAAGUGAAGUCACUGGAACAAAUUCAAAGAGAGAAAGCUCUAAGAUCAAUGGGACUGAUAGAGCUUAAAGGUGGAAAGAUAAUGAAGAUAGCUGACUGGGAAAAAGAACAAAGAGAACAAAAUGAAAGUAGCAGUUCAGAGGAAGAAAGAGGUUUUGAGGAGGACAAGGGGGAAGAGGAGGGUAGUGAAGAGGAAGAUGAGGAGGUUUCAGGGGAAGAGUCGGAAAACGAUUUAGAGGAACCCGAAGAAAUAGAGUUAUUUGCCCCUGAUGAACCAGAGGAUGUAGAGGACACUAGAACAUUUAUUUCUACAGGCAAUGUAAAGGUUUCAUCUAUUCCAAAUUCACAGAAUAAAAACCUUCCACAACUUGAAGAAUUCCAUGUAAAUAAAGGUAGACGAAUAGGAAAAAGAAUUGUCGUUGAUGAUACUAGACCAGUGGAUGACAAAACUCCAGAUUUAAAGGCAAGCUUAAAGAGGCGUUUGGGAGGAAGGGUUGCAGAGGUUGCCCAUGAUUCGGGUCAAUCUGUUUGUGAACAUCCAGUAAAAAAGAAACUGACGAUGCCAAUCGGCAGCUCAAAUCAAGGCACCAUCAAAACUCUAUCAGGCAUAAAAAGCCGUCUCGGCACAGUGGGUAAUGAACCAGCCUUAUUGGAUGCUCGUCAGAAAUUGAAACUGAAGAAAAUGGACAAUCUGGAGCCUAUAAUUAUGUCCGUCUCCAUGGGAACUGAUGAAGAAGACAGUAAUGACUCAAAGGGUAGUCUAAGAAAAACAGCCGUAGUUCGGAAAAGAGGCUGGAGAAAGACAGCAAAGGAUACUGAAGUUGGUCCUGAUAAAGAUUCCAGCCGACCUGUUACACCUAACCAGCCCCUAUCAGCAGGAUCAUCACCAGAGAAGUCAACCGAGACAGAAAAAGUGGUCAGUUCAGGGAAGAGAUGGAAGAAAGAGGAAGACGUGGGAACAAAGUUACAGAACAUGAUGACACAGAAGUGGAGGAACAAUAUCUGGAGCAACAGAAACAGUCAGAAAUCCAAACCUGUGGGAGAAACACUGGACAGUUUAGGAAUCGGUAUCAUUGAUAUCAAAGGAGGAAAGGUUGUCAAAAUGGGCAAAAGUAAAGAGGAGGAAAACACCAAAAUGAAAAGUGAGGACAAAUUGCUCGAUCAGAUAGAAAAAAUAUCAAGGGGCUCAAAAAAGGAAAUUCGAGAGAGGAAGGUGUAUGUGCCCCCAGGCCGGCAGAGAGCAGGUGUUUCUGAUCCAGAUGCCGGAAGAAAGAAAGUCAUUACUGAAUAUACAGAGAAAGCUGCAUUGUCUGACGAGGACUCCAGUGACAUGCAAGUGAAAACCUUCUCAGAAAUCAUGGCUGCUAAACGUCAGAGGCAAAAGAAAUUGGCAGUUCAUAAGGUUGCAGAAUCAAACAGCAAAAAACCAUCAGAGGAUCUGGAGUUACCGCAGGAAACCACAGAAGACAGCAAUGAAGCACCAGCUGAUGUUUUGAAAAUGGCUCAGAUGAUCACAGGCUCAUUGGGUAGCCCGGUGAAGUUGGAAGAAUCUCACCAUCAUCGAAGCAAAAAGAAAUCAAAGUGGAGGAAGAAACGUAAAUCAUCAAAAGAGAAGAAGUCCUUCAAAGAAAACAAACUUAUAGACAAUGAGGAAGAAUCUAACCAGGAUAUGCUGAAGUCAUGUGACACAGCAUUCUCAGAGGACUCCAAGAAUGACACUGUUGAGAGUGCCCAGCAUUCUGUGGAAACUGUUGAUCCGGUGUUAAUGAAGGCAAAACGGCAAAAUUCUGAGAACGGAGGAAAUAUAUCAGACAAGGAUAUACUAAGUCCAGAUAAAAACCGGACUGAACAUCUGUUGUCGGACAGCUGGUUGGAUCUUGAUGAAGAGACAGAGGGUGGUGCUGUAAUUCAAGAUGAUGACGACCUUCUGAGAGAAAUUGAUGAACUUUUAGCUUAGUUAUUGUGUACAAAUGUGUUUUUCAUUUUUCAAUACAUAUGUAAUUUGAUUCAUUGAAUUUUGAAAUUUUGAAAGAAGGGAUUUUUUUCCGUUCUAAAUUAAUUUUGAAGUGCUAGAUCAUGAAAUUGAAAUAGAUUGGUGUGCUAGUAUUUGUCAAAAGAAUAAAAAAGUAGAGAUGAAAAAUGCAUACAUCCGAUUUGUUUUUAUAUAUUUCUGUCUGAAAACAUGAAUAAUAAUGAUCAGACUUGAUGAAAUUAUUACCAUUUUGAAUUGUAAAACAAUUUGUAAUGAAAACAUUUAUUAAAAGAAAAACUGUU